CCCACAUGGGGCGGCAGCUGAGAGAGAGCAGUCCAUGUGUGUCUUUCCUUUACCCAUUAUCCAAUAAAAGGACAAAACCUGCAAAUGACUGAUGACUGCUUAAUCUCAUUCUAAUCGGAUGAGCCCAUGAUGAUGACUACUUAAACCCUGAGCCUUCCUUCCUCCAAAACAUGGUCCUCCGAGCCGGAGUAGUGUUAUCAUCAUGGAUUCACAGCAGCCAUUGACUGAAGGUUUGAGACGUUCCAGUCGUGAUAGUCGACCUCCUGCCCACCUGCAGUAUGACGUUCAGUACCCUGGAGGUAUAAGUGCUAGAUGUGAUACAGGGAGUCAAACAGAAUGCCAGCAUAGUGACACAGACACACAUGGGCUGCAGGAUCCUGACGGAGAGUCAGAAAGCCAACCAGAGGCAUGCCCUGCUCCUUUACCCAUCAAUCAAGAUGAGGUGAUGAGGGAACUCCUGAUGACGAUGAGGGAGAUUAGGCAACUCAUGAUUCAAUUAUCUCCUCCCCAUUCUCGCAGUUCCUCCAGAUCUUCAAUUCACACUGUCUCAUCUGAUGAAAGCAAAUCCUCUGUAUGUGGUUUACAAGCCAUUCCCCAAACGCAUCAGCAACAUGAGCAGUUCCCAGUGACUGAUCCAGCAACAUGUCAGUCACCCUCUCAGCCCCCACAGGUUAGCCGUCACUCUGGUGCAGUUCCGGCUGCUAGCCCUCCUGUCCCUAAUUCAACAAUAUUAGAUGCUGCAGUUCCUUCAAGUGGUUUGCCUAGACCAGUUUUUCCUACACCAGACGAGACUCCUUUUAAUUUCCUGGCCACACCAUUGCAAGGUCCCCACCAGAUUUCAUGUGUUCAACCUGCUGUUCCUCUAGAUGAAGACCCCGCUCAACCUCUCGUUUGCAUUCCAGAACCAAGGCAGCACCCUCCUGUAAAGCCGCAACCAGCUACAUCUGAUGUUUUGAGUGCACAAAAACCUUCGGUACCCAUUACUGCUAGUUCUAGUCACCCUGUUAGCACUAGAACACAUGUGUAUAAGCUUGAGGGUCCUUCUUUCCCAGACCUUACCAGUGAAGAUGAAAUCCAGUAUAGGCUGUUACGAAUGGCCCUUACUAACCUUCUUGACCCUCAUGAGACAGAGCUCUUUAAAUAUCAUGUCCUUCUCGAUCAUCUGAAAGUAGACCAAGCUAAAUAGUUAGCUCUUGCCUUUUCCUAUGCUCCUGACCCAUACACUCAAGCCAUCAAAGCCCUUGAUGAGCGUUAUGGGCAACCAAGACAGCUAGCAUUGAAAGAGCUACGGAAUAUACUGGAGCUUCCUCCUAUCAGAGCAGGUGAUGGUCGGACUCUGGAUAACUUUGCUCUUCGUGUGCAAGCUUUAGUUGGUUUGCUUAGCACUAUGGGUGAUCAAGGACAGACAGAACUAAAUUGUGGCUCCCAUGUCGAUCGCCUACUUGAAAAGUUGCCCGCAGAGCAUUCCAGUCGCUUCAAAUGGCACAUUUACAGGGAACAAGGAGAUAUGAUGUAUGACUUACCUUUGUUCUCGUCCUGGUUGCAAAUGGAGUGCAAGUGUCAACCAAGAAAGGACAGUCCUGUUUCAUCCUUUAACCAGCCACGACCUGCCUGUAAGUACACCCCUCCACUCACAACAAUAUUACAUGGGACAAAUCCAUCCGAUCCUGUACAGGCAACACAACCCAUCAUAAUGACUAAGGCAAGAUGUGCAUAUUGCUGCUCACCUGAACACCACAUUAGCAAGUGCCCUGAGUUCAUUAACAAGACAAAGGAUGAGAAAAUAAACUGGAUAAAGAGAAACAAACGGUGUUGGCGUUGUGCUAGAACUCAUCAGGCUGCAAAGUGUGAUCUGAGGAAAGCAUGUGCCUCCUGCAUGGGACGACAUCUACAGAUCCUGUGUGAGGUGAAUCAGAGACCUAGAACUGAAGUUAAUCCUGUAGUGAGGACACUGUACUUUGAUAAACCUAGUGACUGUCCCAUUGUACUAUUAAAAGUUGUGAAAGUGCUCCUGCGAAAUGGCAAAAGAACUCUUGAAACAUAUGCCGUACUUGACGAUGGCUCUCAACGCACCAUGCUUCUGACAUCUGCAGCUCAGCAUCUCUACCUAACUGGGAAAGCUGACAAUUAUCACUCAGAACUGUCCAUCAAGAAGUUGAAACCAUUCAAGGUUCUUCUGUAAGUUUCCAGAUUUCUCCCAUCGCACAUCCAGAGAAAACUUACACAAUUAAUAAUGCCUUCGCUACAAGUCAGUUAGCACUUUCAGACCACACCUACCCCGUAUCAUCUCUCCAACAAAGACACAAGCAUCUUCAAGGUAUCCCAUUAACCUUUAUUAACAAAGCAGCUCCACUACUGCUCAUAGGCUCUGAUCAUACCCACCUUAUUACGCCUAUUGCACCAGUUAGACAUGGACCAUUUGGAUCUCCUGCAGCAGUCAAAACCCGCUUAGGAUGGACACUCCAAGGUCCAAUCACAGACUUCCAACCCCAGAGCAGUUCCACGCAUGCCCAAUGUUUGUUCACAUCUUCCAGUUCAGGUUCAGGUGAACCGCUCCAGCACAUCCUCGUGUCCACUGAUGGCUCUGAAUUCAUUCAGCCACCUCCUACUCUACCAUCAGCAGUACCUACGUCGUCACCGGCAGUGCCGCUAUCACCAGUUCCACCGCCUGUGGCUGCCAUUCCACCAGUGGUCAGGGCACCGCUUGCUCCUGCAUCACCUGGUCCUGCCAAGUCCCGUAAAUUGCCCCCAGCACCUGCAAAACUGCCCGACGGUCUGCAGGUCUGGGCCUGCAGUUGGCAUUUGGACCUGCUUUGCCGCCACCGCUGGCUACAUGGUCGGCCCCCUGAACUGUCUGGCCUGCGUUGUCAACCUCUAGGUCGACCCCCUGAACCUAUAUUAGACCUGUAGCAUGUCUGAUUCCUCUGCCCCCGCUUCGUGAAAAACAGCAUCUCUAAUCCUUUGAACUUAUUUCUCAGUAGAAAUAUGGGGGUGGCUGUUGUAAAGGCUCACCUUUCAGCACAUUCACUUCACCAGAUGCACCUUGUUUCUUUUCCUCACCUUUGAUUGGGUGUGGUGCUUGCUCUUAAUUGCACUCACCUGUCACUCGUUAUAUAAGGACUGCACUCACCUACCCCUCACUCUUUCUUCACUCCCACAUGGGGCGGCAGCUGAGGUGAGUUUCUGUUUGAGUCUCCUGAGUUCAUGUGUUAUUUUGAGUUACUUAAAUCAUACUUUGUCCUUUUUAGAGAGAGCAGUCCAUGUGUGUCUUUCCUUUACCCAUUAUCCAAUAAAAGGACAAAACCUGCAAAUGACUGAUGACUGCUUAAUCUCAUUCUAAUCGGAUGAGCCCAUGAUGAUGACUACUUAAACCCUGAGCCUUCCUUCCUC